CUGUCACUUACAAGAGUGUCAUUUUUCAUGUCAACAUUUUUAAAUUUUAUGAAAUAAUAAUUUUUUUAAAUAAUCGGCAAGAAUGGCUCAAAUAUCAGCAACAGAACAACCGCAUAUGAAACAAAUCGAUCUAACUACGUUAAACCUUCAACAAUUAGGAACGCUGAAGCAGCAAUUGGAUCAGGAACUGGAUCUUUUUCAAGAAUCUUUAACAUCUCUUAAAAUUGCACAGCAGAAAUUUCAGACCUCUAAUGAAUCCCUAGAAUGUUUCGACUCCAGUAUAGAAGGGAAGGAAAUUAUGGUUCCCCUCACAGGAUCUAUGUAUGUACCUGGAAAACUUGUAGAUACUAGUAAUGUAAUAAUAGAUAUUGGCACCAAAUAUUAUGUAGAAAAGGAUAUCCCACAAGCAAGAUCAUACUUCCAAAGAAAAACUAAAUUUGUAACUGAACAAAUGGAAAAGAUUCAGUACUUGGGUCUGGAAAAAAGCAAAAUUAGGGAUGCCAUUGUAGAAAUUAUUCAGCUAAAAAUAAACCAGCAGCAACCCUCACAAGCUUAACAGUGAACUUUGAAUAAUAUGUUUUUUUAAGGUAGCAUUUAUUAUAGAUUAAUUAACUUUUUAAUGCUUAAAAAAAACAUGGAAUCUAUAAACCUAUGAAUUUUACUUUUUCAUUGUAAUUUAUAAGAAAUCCUUUUUAAAUUAAUUUAUUUUAAGAAAUUCUAAUUCAAUAAAUGAUUGAAGGUUU